AUGUCCUCGCCUUCGUUGAGCCGUAAUGUUGGACACCAUCUCCACCACAGACCAGAUGAGCAAGAGCAAGACCAGUCCGGAGGAACCUGGAUGAAUCCCGACCUUUUCCAGAAUGUGGCCUCUUCCAUACCGGGGAUAGAAGGGACCGAAGGCCGUACUGCUCUGCCGGGCCAUUUAAUCCCACUCCACGGAUUUAUCCAGCCCCCAUUGGCCCAUGUUUCGAGGAUCGCCACGCCUUCCCAGUGGACCCCCCCGGAUGCCAAUGAUCCCAAUCUGUGGCAACCACACGAAGUAUGGAACACUCUGGACCAGAAUGUAGGCAUGCAGGAUUUCCCCGUACGGAACCAGGCCCCCCAGUCCCCGGAGAGUGAAUAA